AUGAUAGAAACUGACCCUGGGCCUAAGAAACCUCACAAUUGUGAUGUAAAAAUUGACCACCAACUAAACGGACCAGGUUCCAAAAAUAUUGACCUUGCCGUCGUGCCGUCGCUGAAGACACCAGCAAAGCUCGACCCCGAAAAAGGUACCUCGGAAAAAGCUGACUUCGAACGGGCAAUCGAAUUAGCUGGCUAUGGACGCUUUCACUACCUCCUGCUGGCCGUAUGCGGCCUCGUCAGCACCUCAGAGGAGAUGGACGUCAUAUCCAUGUCCUUCAUUCUGCCGUCCGCGCAGUGCGACCUAGACCUCACCACACAGACCAAAGGAUGGCUAAACAGCAUAAUCUUCAUCGGAAUGAUGGUGGGCGCCUACGCGUGGGGCUCAGUUGCAGACUCGCUCGGCCGCAAGCGGGUCUUAAUCGCCAUCUCUAUCAUCAACGCGUUCGCCAUCGUUGCAUCUUCCUUCAGCCAAAAUUAUGAACUCUUCAUGUUCUUCCGCUUCAUAAACGGUGCUGCUUUGGGAGGAUCAGGGCCAGUUAUCUGGUCAUACUUUGCAGAGUUUCAACCUAAAAGCAAGCGAGGUGCCAUGUUAAGUUUCAUGGCUGCUUUCUGGACUCUUGGUAAUCUUUUUGUCGCUGGUCUCGCUUGGGUCAUCAUUCCAAGUGGAAUCGGAGGCGAAACCGGUGGCUUCGUUUACAACUCAUGGCGUAUCUUCUUACUAGUGAUGUCACUACCCUCAUUUCUGGUGGCUGCACUAUUGUUCCUUCUGCCAGAAUCUCCUAAAUUUUUAAUAACAACCGGCCGUCACGACGAGGCUUUAGAAGUAUUCCGUGGUAUUUACCUUAUGAAUACUGGUAGGGAUAAGGAUCUAUAUCCGGUUAAGCAAAUUUUGAUCGAUGAACCUUUACACACAAAACCGGAGAAACAGGUUGAAGCGAAAGAACCAAAGGAACCAAAGUCCAAAUUAAGAAGGAUGAUGAGCGAUAUUGUGGAACACAGCAAGCAAUUGUUCGUGCCACCCAUACUAAAAUUCACUACAAUCUCUAUCACCAUCAACUUUACAUUCCAUAUCGGAUACUACGGCCUUAUGAUGUGGUUCCCAGAAAUGUUCAAUCGUUUCGACGAAUGGUCGCGGACGCACGAUAAUGCUGAGGCGGACAUUUGUCAAGUAACUGCAUAUGUAACGCAGUUCGGAACACAUUCUGCCGAUUCGAAAUGCGAUGCUCAUAUAAACUCUGAUGUGUUCAUGGAGUCCCUUAUAACGGUGGCUGCGGCUAUACCGUCCAAUAUAUUCGCUGUACUUGGUAUGGAUAGGUUGGGGAGGAAGUUUUUCAUGGUAUUCGCAACAUUUUCUGCGGGUUUGUGCUCAGCGGCGAUGUAUUUCGUUUACAACAAGACUAACAACCUCAUUGUGAGCGCCAUUUUUAGUUCGGUUAUAUCUUGCGGGAACGCGUCCCUCGACUGCCUCAUCACUGAAGUGUUCCCUACUAAUUUACGUGCAACGGGUGUAGCGGUGUCGAUGGUAGCGGCGCGUCUCGGCGGGAUCAUCGGUAACGUGGUGAUAGCGGCGUUACUGGACACGUACUGCCCGGCGCCGACCUUCAUCGUGGCGGUGCUUCUAGCGGGCGGCGGCCUCAUGUGCCUCCUACUACCCAACACUACGAGACAAGCUUUACAA